AUAUUAAAUAAGAGGUCACGGCACCAUAUAAAUUGACUUCAGUAUAGAGUAUUAACUUUGAACUGAUUUACGCAUGUACAACAAAAAAUGGAUUCAAAUGUGAAGAUUAUCGGUAUCUCAGUGGCAGCCUUUGUGCUACUGACAAUCUCAAUGUAUGGAGGUCUAUUCUUUGCUGUGUGGAAUCUACAUACCCAAAGCGUGAGUCUAAAGACUGAUAAUCAGAACCAAAACUCUGAAUUGCGAAGUUUAAAAGAGAACCAAAUCACUGAAUUACGAUGUCUGAAAUCUGAGAAUGCAAACCUACAGAACCAAAUCUCUGAAUUACGAGGCUUUGUUGGAGCUAAUCCAAACUCCCACUCGAGUGAUGAAGCCACGGUGAUGGACACACUAAAGCGACUAACUCGACAAUCCGGCUCCUCUCAAAGUGCUACUGAUCUACUUGCUGAUGCUCUGGCAGAACUAAUUGAAAAGAAACUCUACACUAUAAUGGACUGUGCUAGAGAUGACGCUGAUAAUUUAACCGACUGUUCGCUCAAGCCAGGCCCAAAGGGGGACAAGGGAUGCCUGGGUGAUCAAGGUAAAGAAGGCCCUCAGGGAAUGAACGGAGAGCCUGGGGUCAUAGGACUCAGCGGACACAAUGGUUACCCUGGUUACCCUGGUCAUAAAGGGGAGGUGGGUCCAAAGGGUCCUAUCGGCGAUCCUGGCCCAAUGGGGCACCGAGGAGUUAAAGGAGAUAUGGGCGAGAUCGGUCAACGAGGUGAGGCGGGGGUUAAAGGCGAGCGAGGCUUUAGAGGAGAACACGGUUUCCCUGGACACAAAGGCGAGAGUGGCGGGCCGGGCGCCAAGGGGGUUAAAGGAGAUCGAGGCUUUGGAGGCAAUAAUGGACAAAAGGGAGAGAAAGGAAUGACGGGGGUUCAAGGUCCACCGGGACCUAUUGCUACUACCAUUCCCUCUGAGAGGUGUGGUGGUCCUGGAUGGAGGAAGGUGGCAUUCAUUGAUAUGACUAAUACUAGCCAAAACUGCCCUCAAGGACUAACACUGACUGGCUACUCAAAACGAUCAUGUGGUCGAACAAAUUCACAAGAUUGCUCAUCAGUCACCUUUCCUGUUGGUGGGGGUCAAUACAGUCGAGUGUGUGGGAGAGCUAGGGCUUAUCAGUGGGGUGAUAUGGCGUCCUUUUAUGCGUAUCAUGCUUGGUCACAUGGUAUCAAUGCACAGUACGUUGAUGGACUAAGCUUCACUCAUGGAACACCCAGGACACACAUUUGGACAUUCGCAGUUGGUUGGUAUCAAGGAACCAGUGGUGAUGCUAGUGAUAAUAUUAGACUACACCUCUGCCCUUGUAACCCAGGCAGCAAGCACGGCUCUCCUCCUUUUGUUGGUAAUGACUAUUUCUGUGAGAGUGGCGUAAGCUCUCGUUCUGCAGUGCGUCCUUACAGACUUCACCCUAAUGAUCCACUCUGGGAUGGUCAGGGGUGUAUCCAUGGCAACCCGUGCUGUUCGUUGAACAACCCACCAUGGUUUAACCAAACACUACCAACCCCCACAACUGAUGAUAUUGAAAUGAGACUAUGCUUGGCUAAUUCUGCACCUUAUGCUAACAUAGCUCUUGAACAAAUGGAACUAUACGUCUACUGAUGAACUAGAGACACUGAACAUUGAUCUGACUCUGUUAGCUACUGAAUAUCCUAUAGAUACUUGUCAAGAUAAUUUUUUGAUAGUCAUGGAUAAUUAUUACUAAACCUUAGUGAAUGUGCUGAAAUUUGAUAAUUUAAUUGCG